AUGUGGACUUGCUCUGAAAGUGCUGAUGAUGAAGACCUGCUUGGAAAUUUACAGUCAUUACGGAAUCAGCUGAGGAGAACUGAAAAAAACCUACAAACUGUAGAGGAAGAGCUUUCUAGUACAAGUGACCGUUAUGGCCACUGCUUCAAUGAGGCUGUAGACUUCACUCUGGAGGAUCUUGUUCAGCCUAAUUGCAACUAUCAAGGCUUUUCCAACUGUAAGAAGAAUGCUGGUAAAACAUCUUGCCAGGAUUUUCAAAGAAAAUCCAAAUCUUACUCAGUAUCCACAACUUCUGAUAAAACUGUGGAAGAAAAUGAACGUCUAAAGGAGCAGCUGGAUGCCCUUCAUGAGCAAAAUGCAUCUUUGGCUUCUCAGAAACACUACCUAAAGAACAGAGUGGAAACAAUGAACUUUGAAUUGAUGCAGUCAAAAACAAGAAUUUGUUAUCUUGAAUCAACUUUAGGCACACACUUAGUCAGCAUUCCAAAGUUAAAAGAACAGAUUGUAAACUUGGAAGCAGAAGUUUCAGCUCAAGAUAAAAUUCUGAGAGAUGCAAAAGAUAAACUAGAUCAAAGCCAGAAGACAGGAAUGGAAAGAGAAAAUAUGCUGCAAAGAUAUAAAAAGGACUAUAAAAAUCUGAAAAUGGAGUUAAUUGAACGAAGCAAGCAAGGAAAGAGAGCAGAACAGCAAAGAAAUGAAGCUUUGUUGAAUGUGGAGGAGCUGACAAGAGCCUUCAAAAAGUAUAAAGAGAAAAUAACUGAAAAAUUAGAAAAGGUUAAAGCUGAAGAAGUAGUCUUGGGAAAACGUUUAAUUAAUUGUGAAAAAGAAAAAGAGAAGAUGAAUGAAAAGUGUGUCAGCUACAGAAAGGAUCUAAACAUCCUAGAAGAGCAAUUAAGGCAAUUAAAGGAAGAGAAUCAUAGCACAAAAGAAAAAAUUAAGACUCUAGAGGCAAAGAACACUGACGUGGUAUCAAUGCUGACUCGGUCUGAUCAGAAGAUCAUUGAGCUUGAGAAUGAACUUGGUGAAAAAGAAAUAGUGCUUAAAGAGAAAAAUGCUCUAAUAAGUGAAAACGCAGAGCUGAGAGCACUUACUGCACAGCAACAUAACCGCUUGAAAUUAUACCAUCAAGAAAUUGAAGACUCAAGGGAAGAGCUCAACAUACUAGAAACCAUUAUUUCCCAGUUGUGUCUAAGUACAUCUGAAGAGCUUAAAUGGCACCACUUGAAACACCAGCUAUCCAGUUCCUCAACAAAAGAAGCUCUCUCUGAAUCUUGUUUUGAAUCGAAUAAACCUUUGAUUGCAGACCGAAGCAUUAAACUGGCAAUGAAAGAAGCAGAAAUUCAGAAGCCUUGUGCAAACUUGACUAUCUGUACUGGAGCUGAGCAUCUUUCUAAUGAUAAUGAAGGACAAGAAAAUAGCAGGUUAUGUGGCCUGGAAACAGAGCCUGUCAAAUUGAUCAGAAGUCAAGGAGAGAGGAGAACAUGUCAACAGUUGGAACUUAUCAGCAAACAAUUUGACAAGGAGAGGCAAAGAUUCCAGAAAGAGAUAGAAGAGUUACGCACUAAACUGACGAAAGCAGAUGAUGUGAAUUCAUCUUUGAAGACCAGCAUGGCUCAGAGAGCCAGUCAGUUUCAAAUCAUACAGGAAGACCUAUUGAAGAAGGCUUCCAAAACUAGUAGCUUAGAGAGAGAAGUAACAAAGAAAUCUUCUCAACUUUCUGCGCUUGAGAAACAGUUGGAAGAAAAGACUAUUGCUUUUUCUGCUGCUGCAACAAGAAAUACUGAGUUGGAACAGGAACUCAUGGGAAAAAACAGACGCAUUCAUGAGUUGGAAACAACUAUCAGUGAAGAACAUGAGCAAGUAACUUCUGCUUUUGAAAAAGCAAAGUUGGUUCACCUUGAGGAGCACAAAGAGAUGGAGAAACAGAUUGAACUACUUCAGACACAGCUGGAGAAGAAACAUCAACAAUUCAUUGAACAAGAGAAAAUAAUAUCUAUUUUGCAACAAGAUGUUAUACAUAAACAGCAUCGCAUUGAAUCAUUGGAUGGGCUGCUGACAGAAAGCAGAGAGGAAAUGGAAAAUCAAAAUGUCAAGAAAGAUCAAGGAUUGAAGAUGCUGAAAAGUCAGCUAACAGAAGAAACAAUCAAAGUGAGACAACUCAAGUCAGCACUGGAUGUGUGUAAGGAAGAAGUUGCACUGUAUUUGAAUCAGUCACAAGAAAAUAAGGAGAUAUUUGAAAAUCAGCUCAAAAAAAAGUCUGAAGAGGUUCGUUAUUUACAGAAAGAAAUAAAACUAAAAGAUCAGAAUAUUCAGGACACAAGUGAACAAAAUAUUCUCCUACAACAAACUUUGCAUCAUCAGCAGCAAAUGUUACAGCAAGAAACUAUUAGAAAUGGGGAGCUGGAAGAUAAUCAGAUUAAACUAGAAAAACAGGUAUCCAAUUUGGAACAAGAGCUUCAGAAGCAGAAAGCAUGUGCAGAAGAUGAGUUGAGAAAGGUAGAGGAGAAACAUCGCCUAGCUGCUCAGGAAGCAGAUUUAAACAGACAGAAAGUGGAUGAACUUAAUGGUACAAUCAGACAAAUUAAAUUGGAGAUGGAUCAGUGCAAGAGUGAACUUACUAGUAUGGAAAAGGAAGUAGUGCAAUUAAAACGAGAUGGUGAAGACAAAGCAAUGCAGAUAAAUCAGUUGGAUAUUAUUUUGGAAGAAGCACGAUCAGAGCUCAAUGAAAAGGCAAAUAAGGUGAAUGAUUUACAAGAUAAGCUGCUUCAAAGUGAGACUUGCCACAGGGAAGCCUUACAGAAAAUAGUAGAACUAGAAUCUGCAUUAGAGAAUGCCCAUGGAGAAUUAAAAAUCACUUCAACACAGCUUCAGGAAUUGCAAGAUGCAUUACAGAAUGCACAGUCCUCUUUGGAGAAGAAGCAUGUUGCUAUCAUGGAUCUAACAACUGAGCUCAGGUACUGCAAGGGAGAAAUUGAAGAAAAAAAGCAAGAACUCCUUGACAUGGACCAGGCAUUGAAAGAAAGGAACUGGGAACUGAAACAAAGGGCAGCUCAGAUUACACAGUUGGAUAUGACAGUUCGUGAACAUAGGGGAGAAAUGGAACAACAAAUAAUUCGAUUAGAGUCCAAUUUAGAGAAGUCAGAGCUAGAAAUUAAGGAAUGCAAUAAACAGAUUGAGAGCUUAGAGAAGAAACUUCAGCGUUCUAAAGAUGAGCUUCGUGAAAAAGAGUUUGAAUUGCUCCAGAGAGAUCAAGAAAUAAAUCAGCUGAAGAAAAAAAUAGAAAGAAAACAACAGAGCCUAGAAGCUCUUGAAAAGUCACUACAAGUGCUAUCUGAGAUAAACAGGCUUUCUGCAGAAAUAAGUUCAUUAAAAGAUGCUUGCCAGCUAAAGGAUAACGUAUUGGAGAAGUCUUCUUUCUGUGUAGUCACCAAAGGCAUUUGA